AUGGACAGAAGUUGCAUUUUUCUUGCAAUUUUCAUUCUCCUACAUGACAAUACUUUACUUGCUACUCUUCCUAGUAUUAGCACUGAUGAAGCUGCUCUUCUUGCACUUAAAUCACAUAUUUCUUCUCAUUCUAACAAUAUCUUAGCAAGAAACUGGGCUUCUUCCAUCCCGGUUUGCAGCUGGAUUGGAAUCACUUGCAGCUCCCAUCACCAUCGAGUCACUGCUAUAGACAUUUCUAGCAUGCAACUUUAUGGUACCAUUCCUCCACACCUUGGAAACCUCUCAUUUAUUUCAUCGCUUGACAUCAGUAACAACACUUUCCAUGGAGAUUUGCCAGUAGAGUUGACUCAUUUGCAGAGGUUGAAAUUCAUUAAUGCCAAAAACAAUAACAUUACCGGAGCCAUUCCAUCAUUUUUAAGUUUGUUACCAAACCUACACUUUUUGUACCUAUCGAAUAACCAAUUUUCGGGGAAAAUUCCAACUUCCCUUUCCAAUCUAACAAAACUGGAAGUGUUGCAAUUACAGAGCAAUUUUCUCGAAGGAGAAAUCCCUCGAGAAAUCAGUGAUCUUCGUUACUUGACUAUCCUAGACCUGGAAUUUAAUCAGCUUACUGGAUCUAUACCACCAUCAAUCUUCAACAUUACUACAAUACAAGUAAUUGCUCUUAUGGACUACAAUCUUACUGGAAAGCUGCCAAAAACUAUAUGUGAUCAUAUUCCAGACUUGGAAGGACUUUACCUCGGUAGAAACUCCCUAGAUGGAAUUAUUCCACCAAAGCUGGAGAAAUGCAGAAAGCUUCAAAUAUUGGAAUUGGGUGAUAAUGAGUUUGCUGGAACUGUACCAAGAGAGCUAGCCAACUUAACAGCUCUUACAGAAUUAUAUCUUGGACUUCUGCAUUUGGAAGGAGAGAUACCAAUGGAGCUCGAUAAUCUUAAGAAAUUUCAAGCAUUGGGAUUAUCACAGAAUGAGCUUACUGGCUCUAUCCCUGACAGCAUUUUCAACAUGUCAGCACUGCAGAUUAUAGAUUUUGGAGAAAACAAGCUUUCAGGUACUCUAACUUCAGAUUUAGGUCGUGGAAUGCCCAUCCUAGAAGAACUUUAUUGUGCACAAAUACUGUGCUUCAAUCUGAGUGGUUUUAUCUCUGCUUCAAUCUCAAAUUCAUCGAAACUCAGACAAUUUGACCUCUCACAAAACAGUUUCACAGGUCCAAUUCCUAAAUCACUUGGUAACUUAGAAUACCUUGAGGUUCUGAACUUGUGGGGGAAUAAUUUUGUCAGUGAUUCAACAUUGAGCUUCCUUGCAUCAUUGACAAACUGUAGGAAUCUAAGAGUACACACGUUAUCUGGUAAUCCGUUGGAUGGUGUUUUGCCUCCAUCUGUUGGUAAUUUCUCAAACUCCUUGCAAAGUUUUGAAGCAGAUGGUUGUAAACUGAAGGGUGUCAUUCCAAAAGAAGUUAGUAAUCUUACUGAAGUGACAAGGAUGAGUCUGUCUAACAAUGAGUUGACUGGACAUAUUCCAAAUACUGUACAUGGCAUGUCGAUCCUUCAAGAACUUUACUUAUUUAACAACAAGAUAGAAGGAGCCAGACAUGAUGUUAUCUGUAAUUUAAAGAGUCUAGGCACAUUAGUCUUGUCAGAAAAUCAUUUUUCUGGUUCAGUGCCCUCGUGCUUAGGGAACGUUACUAGUUUGAGGAAACUUUAUCUAGAUAACAACAAGCUGUAUUCUAGAUUACCUUCAAGCUUGGGGAACCUUCAAGAUCUCAUAGAAUUCAAUGUUUCAUUCAAUUUAUUUAGUGGGGAAAUUCCACUGGAGAGCGGAAACUUGAAGGCUGCAACACACAUUGAUUUGUCAAAUAAUUAUUUUUCUGGUAAGAUUCCUAGCACUCUAGGGGGUCUAGAUAAUUGA